UGUUUUACCUUGCUUCCCAAGACAUUUCCAACUUAGGGAGAGUCUGGUGUCCAACUGAAUUGUUCGUUUCUGCGACUGCCAAAUUUGAUUGGUUUGCCUGCUCUGGUUUUGGAGAGAGAGAGAGAGAGAGAGAGAUGGGAAGCUCGGGAGGAUUCUCAUGGAAGUUGGAAGAUCACCCGAAGUUGCCCAAGGGGAAGAUCUUGGGGUUGGUGGUUUUGGACGGUUGGGGCGAAUCCAAGCCCGAUGAGUUCAACUGCAUCCAUGUCGCCGAAACUCCCACCAUGGAUUGCCUCAAAGAGGGUGCUCCUGAGAAAUGGAGGCUGGUUAGGGCUCAUGGCAAAGCAGUUGGUCUUCCAACCGAGGAUGACAUGGGCAAUAGUGAAGUUGGUCAUAAUGCACUUGGAGCUGGACGCAUUUAUGCUCAAGGUGCAAAGCUUGUUGACAUUGCCCUUGCCUCUGGAAAAAUCUAUGAGGGAGAAGGUUUCAAGUACAUCAAGGAAUGUUUUGAAGCUGGCACAUUGCAUCUCAUUGGGUUGUUAAGUGAUGGUGGUGUCCAUUCCCGCCUUGAUCAGUUGCUGUUAUUGUUGAAAGGAGCAAGCGAGCAAGGUGCUAAAAAAAUCCGUGUUCAUAUUCUUACUGAUGGGCGUGAUGUAGUAGAUGGUACAAGUGUGGGCUUUGUAGAAACUCUUGAGAAUGAUCUCUCCAAGUUACGUGAGAAAGGUGUGGAUGCACAAAUUGCGUCUGGUGGAGGUCGCAUGUAUGUGACGAUGGAUCGUUAUGAGAAUGACUGGGAGGUUGUGAAACGUGGUUGGGAUGCCCAAGUUCUUGGUGAAGCCCCACACAAGUUCAGGUGUGCAGUAGAAGCUGUCAAGAAACUGAGGGAGGCUCCCAAAGCUAAUGACCAAUACUUACCUCCAUUUGUCAUUGUUGAUGAGAAUGGAAAGGCUGUGGGUCCAAUUUUGGAUGGGGAUGCUGUUGUUACAAUCAACUUCCGAGCAGAUCGUAUGGUUAUGAUUGCUAAGGCACUUGAAUAUGAGGACUUCGAUAAAUUUGAUCGAGUUCGAGUCCCUAAAAUUCGCUAUGCUGGAAUGCUUCAGUAUGAUGGUGAGUUGAAGCUUCCAAGUCAUUACCUAGUUUCUCCUCCAGAGAUAGAGAGAACAUCUGGCGAAUAUCUAGUGCACAACGGUGUCCGAACUUUUGCUUGCAGUGAGACUGUCAAAUUUGGCCAUGUAACUUUCUUCUGGAAUGGAAAUCGUUCUGGGUGUUUUAACGAAGAGAUGGAGGAAUAUGUUGAAAUUCCGAGUGAUAGUGGUAUUACCUUCAAUGUCAAACCAAAGAUGAAGGCAUUGGAAAUUGCUGAAAGGGCAAGAGAUGCUAUCCUUAGCCGCAAAUUUGAGCAGGUGCGCGUUAAUAUACCAAAUAGUGACAUGGUUGGGCAUACUGGUGAUAUUAAUGCCACAAUUGUAGGUUGCAAAGCAGCUGAUGAUGCUGUCAAGAUGAUCCUUGAUGCAAUUGAGCAAGUGGGUGGAAUAUAUCUUGUUACUGCAGAUCAUGGAAAUGCUGAGGACAUGGCGAAGAGAGACAAAGCUGGGAAGCCAAUGGUUGACAAAAAUGGGAAUUUCCAAAUUCUUACUUCUCACACACUUAAACCAGUGCCGAUUGCAAUCGGAGGUCCGGGGCUACAUCCUGCUGUCAGAUUCCGCAAGGAUGUUCCUGAUGGUGGGCUUGCCAACGUUGCUGCAACUGUGAUGAAUCUCCAUGGAUAUCUGGCCCCUGAUGACUACGAACCAACCCUCAUUGAAGUUGCAGAUAACUAGAAAUGGUAGAAAAUUCUGUAACAUCAUUUUCAUAAAUUUUGAUUAAAAUUUUGAAGGGGUGCAUGGCAUUGCAGGCAGCUGCAUUUAGAGUACUAACGGUGUUUUACAGUUUUAAAUUAAAUAAAUACUGUCAUGAAUCUGCAGGCUGCAGAGUUUUUGAACAA